UGGCAUCACCCCACCAGCUCUCUCCAUCCCUCAGGCAACUUCAUCCCCCUUUCCAACUCUGCUUCGUAACCUCGUGGCGCCCCACGGAUUUUCGUUUUGCUAAUAAGAAAGGCUCGCGUCGCCGGUACAGGGCACAACGCGAGCUGAUCAAGCGCAAUUCUCAGUAUGUGUCGCAGCACAAGGCUCGAAUGGGGCCGGUCCGAAUAGCUUGUGUGACAGAAGCGCGCAGCUCGAGAUUCGUUUGAGACGAAGGCGAUCGGCGGGCAGAUGAACGCUCGACGUGUCGUGCCGUAUCCAUGGCACCUGGCAUGUGUGCUGGUCGCUCUCGCCACUGCACAAAGCUUGCCACGUGUCGCAUCGACGGACAUGGAGGGCGGGCUGGGGGGAGCGGAGGACGCGUGGGGGUGGGCGUACCGGCCGGAGGUGUGCGGCGCGUGGCACACCAACUACACCCAUCUGCACCGCAUCAUCCGCUCCGCCGCCCGCCAGCUCAUGCAGGCGCACCUCGCUAACCCCGCUGCUGGUGGUGGCGGCGGUGGUGGUGCUGAUGGCGGGGGAGGGGCAGGGGAGGUACAAGGGGACGAGGAGGGGGGAGCGGAUGGGCGCGGGAGUGGUGGCGGCGAGGGGGUGGAGCGCACGGCGGCCAUGGUGCGCUUCGCCACGUACUCGUGCGACUCGCUGGCGCGGUGCGGCGGCGUGGGCGACGUGGUGCUGGGCGUGUUCUCGACGUUCCUCGUGGCACUGCUGCAGGACCGCGCGCUCGUGCUGCAACACCCGCUGCUGCACCACGCCUUUGAACCCGUGCACGUCGACUGGACCAUGGCCGACGACGUGCCCGCCGGGCCGGGCAGGGAGCUCGACCCCCACAACGACACGGACGAGGCGCAGCCCGGCGAGGUGACGGCCAUCAACCUGCAGGACACGGUGCCGGCCAGCCCCGAGGCGCUGUUUGCGCGGCACGAGGCGGCGGCCAACAUCUUCGUGCGGUGGAACCGCGGCGUGGCCACACGCAUCUUCCGCGAGGGCGGCGAGUGGAGCCGCCUGCUGCACUCGCUCGGCCUGCGCCUGCCUGUCACCUUCGGCUGCGUCAUCCGCUUCCUCCUCAGGCCCAAGGCGGACGUGCUGAAGGCGGUGGAGCGGCAGAUGCGGGAGCUGGAGCGGCCGGGGGUGAGCAGCAUCUGCAUCCACACGCGCACGCCCGACGAGAUGACGUGGACCAACCGCGGGGAGGUGCUCAACGGGGAGAACGACGCCGCCGCCGAGCUGCUGGGGUGGGCCAGGAGCAAGCUGCUGGCGUGCGCUCAGAAGGUGGAGGACUUUUGGAUCCCAUCGGACGUGCCCGUGCGGUGGGUGUUUCUCAGCAACUCACGCGAUAUCAAGGAUGCAGUUAUUAGCGAGUACGGGGACAAGGUGCUCACCACGGGCAUCACCCCGCUGCACACCGCCAUGGUGCGAGCAGCGGCGGCACGCGUGGCGUCGUGGCAGACGUCGGUGGCGGAGUGGGUGCUGCUGACGCGCUGCUCGCUGUUCGUGGUGACGGAGUCGGGCUUCUCCAAGACCGCCGCGCUCUUCUCGCUGCGCCCGCUCGCGGUGUACCUGCUGGCGCGCCACCACUACCGCAGCCAGCGCAACGCAUGGACCGACUCCUGCGACCCCGAGCGCCCCGCCUCCUUCGCCCUGCUGGGCGAGCGCUGGAGCGGCAUCUGACAGCUGGCGGUGGAGUGUGAAACCGUGUGGGAGCGGUGCGCUAGGGAAGGCUGAAGGCACCUAAUAAGGCUCGUGGUCUCCUCUUGGCCCCCCUUAGAAUGGGCCAUUCCACCUUUGUGGGGUCAAAGUCCCAUACCAUAUUGUCAACUCCAGUCUUCAGGUGUGCUGAGCAGAUUCAUUUGUACCAACAUACCGUGUGCUAUUUGUCUCAUACUCCCACAACCACCGAGGUAAAUUGGCUACUCCAACCAAUGUGACAUGCCUUGGUGUUAAUUGCUCUACGUCCCAGGGGAAAUUUAUUGCAGAUGCAUGAUCCC